UCCUGGGAUUAUAGGUGUGUGACUGCCCCUGGUCCAGAGAAACAUCUUUCUUCUAGUUUCCUCACUGGUCCUAGGUAGAAGACUUCAAACAGCUUAUCUAAUAAGUAGUCUUUGUUUUAAGAAACCGAGAUGUAUGCAAUGCAUUAUUAUCAAUCAUAGUGACCGUUCUGUGCAUGGUAUCAUGACAGCAAAUUCUUCUAGCCUAGCUGAAACUAGUCAACUAGGAUCUGCAUCUCAUCUCUUCCUUAUCCAACCCUCCACCCAGCUCUAGUAACCACCAUUCCCCUCUAUAUCUAUGAAAUAGAAAUUGUUAAGUAUGUGAGGUGAGGAUGUGUUAAUACAAACAGAAAUGAAAAUCUUUGAACAAUUAUCCCCAAAUUAUUACCUUACAGAUAUAUGCAGAUUUAUUUGCACAGAGAUAGAACUUAGAGACAGUACUCAGAAAAGCUGUGAUUUAGUUCUUACUCAUUAGAAGUUAGUGGGAGAGACAUUCCAGAUAUUUUAUAGCACGGAGACCUGGGUUUUGUGUUUGAGCAUCAAAAAGUACCACAAUAUGGAAGCUACGACCAGUUCCACUGCUGUAACAUCCUCCUUAGGCCUAGGCAAAGAAUCCAGAUGUUAGAACAAGAAGACUCGAUUGCUACAACUCUUCCCACAGUCAUAAGUACAAAAUUAUAAGACAGAAUCAUUAUCCUUUGUAAAAGUUUAUAAAGUAGGAUAGCAACAUGCAUGUCCAUAACUAAUUUAUUUUAAACUUGUUCAUUAGCACUUAGUUUCUGGUGUAUCAUCUGUGGGACUCUUUCUUUGGACAGACUCUUCAUGAUGAUCUGGAGAAGCAGGAAGGGAGCUUGCAGAAAUUUGGCUCUAUUACCAAUCAACUAGUAAAAGAGUGUCACCCACCUGUGAUGGAAACUCUCAACAGCACACUGCAGGAAGUGAAUAUGAGAUGGAAUAACUUGUUGGAAGAGAUUGCUGAGCAGCUGCACUCCAGCAAGGCCCUCCUUCAGCUCUGGCAGAGAUACAAGGACUACUCCAAACAGUGCGCCUCUGCGGUCCGGCAGCAGGAAGAAUGAACCAACGCUCUGCUAAAAGCAGCCACUAACAAGGACAUCGCUGAUGAGGAAGUCACCACGUGGAUUCAGGAUUGCAACGACCUCCUCAAAGGACUGGGGACAGUUAAGGAUUCCCUUUUUGUUCUCCAUGAGCUGGGAGAGCAACUCAAGCAACAAGUGGAUGCUUCAGCAACUGCUGCCAUUCAGUCCGAUCAGCUCUGCUUAAGCCAGCACUUGUGCGACCUAGAGCAGGCACUUUGCAAACAGCAGAUGGUGUUGCAGGCUGGAGUUGUUGACUACGAAACCUUUGCCAAGAGUUUAGAAGCUCUAGAAGCCUGGAUCGUGGAAGCUGAGGAGAUCCUCCAAGGGCAGGACCCCACUCACUCAUCUGAUCUCUCCACCAUCCAGGAAAGGAUGGAAGAGCUGAAGGGACAGAUGUUAAAGUUCAGCAGCAUGGCUCCAGAUUUAGACCGUCUCAAUGAGCUGGGGUACAGGUUACCUCUGAGUGACAAGGAAAUCAAGAGGAUGCAGAACCUGAACCGACACUGGUCUCUGAUCUCCUCUCAGACUACAGAAAGAUUCAGCAAGCUGCAGUCAUUUUUGCUACAGCAUCAGACUUUCUUGGAGAAAUGUGAGACCUGGAUGGAAUUCCUGAUUCAGACAGAGCAAAAGUUAGCGGUGGAGAUUUCAGGCAAUUAUCAGCAUCUUUUGGAACAGCAGAGAGCGCAUGAGUUGUUUCAAGCCGAGAUGUUCAGUCGCCAGCAGAUUCUACACGGCAUCAUUGUUGAUGGGCAGAGGCUUCUAGAACAAGGUCAAGUUGAUGACAGGGAUGAGUUCAGCAUGAAGUUGACGCUCCUCAGUAAUCAGUGGCAGGGAGUGAUUCGCCGGGCCCAGCAGAGGCGCGGCAUUAUUGACAGCCAGAUUCGCCAGUGGCAACGCUAUAGGGAGAUGGCAGAAAAGCUCCGUAAAUGGCUGGUUGAAGUGUCUUAUCUACCUAUGAGUGGUCUUGGAAGCAUCCCAGUACCCCUGCAACAAGUGAGAACCCUCUUUGAUGAAGUACAGUUCAAAGAGAAGGUGUUCCUGAGACAGCAGGGUAGCUACAUCCUGACAGUGGAAGCUGGCAAGCAGCUCCUGCUCUCUGCUGACAGUGGCGCCGAGGCCGUCUUGCAGGCUGAGCUCACAGAGAUCCAAGAGAAAUGGAAGUCAGCCAGCAAGCAUCUGGAGGAGCAGAAGAAAAAGCUGGCCUUCUUGUUGAAAGACUGGGAAAAAUGUGAGAAAGGAAUAGCUGAUUCUCUGGAGAAGCUCCGAACUUUUAAAAAGAAGUUGUCCCAGCCUCUACCAGAUCACCACGAGGAGCUUCAUGCAGAGCAGAUGCGCUGCAAGGAACUGGAAAAUGCCGUUGGAAGCUGGACAGAUGACUUGGCAGAGCUGGUGCUGCUGAGGGAUGCCCUUGCCAUCUACAUCAGUGCUGAGGACAUCUCCAUCUUGAAUGAGCGUGUGGAGCUUCUGCAGAGGCAGUGGGAAGAGCUCUGCCACCAGGUGUCCUUAAGGUGGCAGCAAGUAAGUGAAUGACUGAAUGAGUGGGUAGUCUUCAGUGAGAAGAACAAGGAGUUGUGUGAGUGGCUGACCCAGAUGGAAAGCAAAGUUUCUCAGAAUGGAGACACUCUCAUUGAAGAGAUGAUAGAGAAGCUCAAGAAGGAUUAUCAAGAGGAAAUCGCUGUUGCCCCUGAGAACAAAAUGCAACUGCAACAAAUGGGAGAACGACUGGCCAAAGCCAGCCAUGAAAGCAAAGCCUCUGAGAUUGAAUACAAGCUGGGGAAGGUCAAUGACCGGUGGCAGCACCUCCUGGAUCUCAUGGCAGCCAGGGUGAAGAAGCUGAAGGAGACCCUGGUGGCCGUACAGCAGCUGGAUAAAAAUAUGAGCAGUCUGAGGACUUGGCUGGCCCACAUCGAGUCAGAGCUGGCCAAGACCAUAGUCUAUGACUCCUGUAACUCAGAAGAAAUACAGAGAAAGCUUAAUGAACAGCAGGAGCUUCAGAGAGACAUCGAGAAACACAGCACAGGUGUCGCCUCUGUCCUCAACUUGUGUGAGGUCCUGCUGCAUGACUGUGAUGCCUGCGCCACGGAUGCCGAGUGUGACUCCAUCCAGCAGGCCACACGAAACCUGGACCGGCGGUGGAGGAACAUCUGUGCAAUGUCCAUGGAAAGAAGGCUCAAAAUUGAAGAGACAUGGCGAUUGUGGCAGAAGUUUCUGGAUGACUAUUCUCGUUUUGAAGACUGGCUGACGGUUUCAGAAAGGACAGCUGCAUUCCCCAGCUCUUCUGGGGUGCUCUAUACGGUUGCCAAGGAAGAACUAAAGAAAUUUGAGGCUUUUCAACGGCAGGUCCAUGAGAGCCUGACCCAGCUGGAGCUGAUCAAUAAACAGUACCGCCGCCUGGCCAGGGAGAACCGCACGGACUCUGCCUGCAGCCUCAAGCAGAUGGUCCACGGAGGCAACCAGAGAUGGGAUGAUCUGCAGAAGCGUGUCACCUCCAUCUUGCGCAGACUCAAGCAUUUUAUUAGCCAGCGUGAGGAGUUUGAGACUGCACAGGACAGCAUUCUAGUCUGGCUGACAGAGAUGGAUCUCCAACUCACCAAUAUCGAACAUUUUUCUGAGUGUGAUGUUCAAGCUAAAAUAAAGCAACUCAAGGCCUUCCAGCAGGAGAUCUCACUGAACUACAAUAAGAUCGAACAGAUCAUCACCCAGGGGGAGCAGCUGAUAGAGAAGAGUGAGCCCCUGGACUCAGCUGUCAUCGAGGAGGAGCUGGAUGAGCUGCGACGCUACUGUCAAGAGGUCUUCGGGCGCGUGGAAAGAUACCACAAGAAACUAAUCCGCCUGCCUCUACCAGACGAUGACCACGACCUCUCAGAUCGAGAGCUAGAGCUCGAAGAUUCCACUGCUCUCUCAGACUUGCACUGGCAGGACCCCUCUGCAGAUGGCAUGCCCUCCCCCCAGCCUUCCUCCAACCCCUCCCUCUCACUCCCCCAGCCCCUCCGGAGUGAACGGUCAGGGCGAGACACCCCAGCAAGCGUGGACUCCAUCCCCCUGGAGUGGGAUCAUGAUUACGACCUCAGUCGUGACCUGGAGUCUGCAUCUCGAACUCUGCCCUCAGAGGAUGAAGAGGGUCGGGAGGACAAGGAGUUCUACCUCAGGGGAGCUGUUGGCUUGUCAGGGGAUCCCAGUGCCUUGGAGUCUCAGAUCAGGCAACUGGACAAAGCUCUGGAUGACAGCCGUUUUCAGAUGCAGCAAACCGAAAAUAUCCUUCGUAGCAAAACUCCCAUGGGGCCAGAUCUGGACACCAGCUACAAGGGCUAUAUGAAGCUGUUGGGCGAGUGCAGUGGCAGCAUAGACUCUGUGAGGAGACUGGAGCAUAAGCUGAAGGAGGAAGAAGAGAACUUUCCUGGCUUUGUUAACCUCAACAGCACUGAGACUCAGACAGCUGGUGUGAUUGACAGAUGGGAGCUCCUACAGGCCCAGGCGUUGAGCAAGGAGUUGAGGAUGAAGCAGAACCUCCAGAAGUGGCAGCAGUUCAACUCAGACCUGAACAACAUCUGGGCCUGGCUGGGGGAGAUGGAGGAGGAGCUGGACCAGCUCCAGCACCUGGCACUCAGUACCAACAUCCACACCAUUGAGUGCCACAUCAGAAAGGAUUUCCAUGAAAUGAGCCAUGGUUUGCUUCUCAUGCUGGAGAACAUUGACAGAAGGAAAAAUGAAGUUGUCCCUAUUGAUUCUAACCUUGACCCAGAGAUACUUCAGGACCAUCACAAACAGCUCAUGCAAAUAAAGCACGAGCUGAUGGAAGCCCAGCUCAGAGUGGCCUCACUGCAAGACAUGUCUCGCCAACUCUUGGUGAAUGCCGAAGGUUCAGACUGCCUAGAAGCCAAAGAAAAAGUCCAUGCUAUUGGAAACAGGCUCAAACUUCUCUUGAAGGAGGUCAGUCAUCAUAUCAAGGAUCUGGAGAAGUUAUUGGACAUGUCAAGCAGUCAUCAGGAUUUGUCUUCCUGGUCCUCUGCAGAUGAACUAGACACCUCAGGAUCUGUGAGUCCCACAUCAGGAAGAAGUACCCCAAACAGACAGAAAUCGCCAUGAGGCAAAUGUAGUCUCUCACAGCCUAGACCCUCUGUCAGCAGUCCAAAGAGCAGGUCCACAAAAGGUGGCUCAGGUUCCUCCCUUUCUGAGCCGAGGCCCCCGCGGGCAGGUCGAGCCUUCCUGGUCCGAGUGCUCCGGGCAGCGCUCCCCCUUCAGCUGCUCCUGCUGCUCCUCAUUGGGCUGGCCUGCCUCGUACCGAUGUCAGAGGAAGACUACAGCUGCGCCCUCUCCAACAACUUCGCCCGAUCAUUCCACCCCAUGCUCAGAUACACAAAUGGUCCUCCUCCGCUCUGAACCAAGCCGAUGUCAUCAGUACAAACGUCGACAGCAUGAGGACUGGGCCGAAAGCAACCCCGGGCUGUUGAAGAGGACCUUGAUCUUGGCAGAAGCCUCGGCGGCAGCUUCAGCUCUCCUCCUAAUGUGUAUGUGUAAAUCAUGCCUUUGGAGUGGAUGACAAACAGGAGGAGACUAAACAGAAGGUUUGGGAAAGAUACUUGAUGCUUUGGACCUUAACACAAAAGAGACUGAGUUAAGGUCAUGAAGAAUUCCCUGGACCCAUGAAGUCUGGGCCUUUGGCCCAUUGGCUGCAUAGCCAAGGGCUCCAGUGGGCCAUCCGGGCAGCUUUCCCGUGGUGCUGCUCCAUCCACCCAAAAUAAAUGCCCUCCCAAGCACCGUGUCAGUAUCGUAUAAUCUACCAACCAAUGCUGAAGAUGUGUUCAAACUUGUAACACACCGUUUUUAAGAGCUUAUAUGGCAGCUUCCUGUUUUCUUUGUUUUCCUUUGGGGCAUGACUUUCAACGUUUGCUUUAGAAGCACAAGCUGUAAAUCUAAAAGGCACCUUUUUAAAAAAAAAAGUAUAAAGAAAACUUAGAUGUAAUAAAUAUGAUCAUGGAAAGCUUUAUGUGAAAAAAGAUGAAUAUUAUAGUAUAAAAAAGAUAUUUAUGUAUGUACAGUUUGCUAAAGCCAAGUUUUGUUUGUAUUGAUUUUUUUGCAUUUAUUAUAGAUACUGUAAAAUAUUUUUACAUGUCUGAGUCUUUUCUUCUCCUAACAAAAUGAAUUGAGUUUUCAUUAUUCAGUAGAGUAAAUUAGGAUGCAACUGAAAUUACAUGUUUUGGUUAGACUGUACUUUAUGUAUAGCAAUGCAAUUUAUACUAUGAUAGAAUGAUUUGAUGUAGUUUUAAACAGAAGAAAAAGAAAAUUUUCAGGUUGUAGAACCCUUCCCCCCAAGAACAAAUUUGCAAAACAUCACUUUUUCUAAGUGGGACAAUGCAACAAAUGUAUUCACUGACUAGUCAUAUCUAAUUCUUAUUACACUAAUGGUCAAUGGAAUUUUUAAAAAGCUCAGUUUUCACAAUCACUGCCUUAAAGGAAUAAUAUAUGUUGGAUUCUUCUAGGAUGCAAAAAUGGCUCUGGAUACUUAAGUAUACAGCCAGCAGACUGAACUCACAUAUCCACCAUGAAAACUAGAAAAAAAUCGCUUUGUAUCUUCUCUCAUGACUCGUGCGUCCUUGCGUGCAUUCCGUCCUUCCUCAUCACCUAAUAUUACCCUCUUUGUUUGCUUUCUAAAAUUUCUUUUUUUUUCACCCACACUUACACCUUUUGUUUCUAAUGAAUGCAGCUAGAGCAUGAGGCUCCAUGGAAGGGAAAGGGUGGCUAGCAGCAGUGCAUAUACAGGCAGAGGAAUCCAGAGGGAGUCUUUUCUGUAUGGCCAAUCAAAUCUCUUGGAUUCCUGUUUCCUCUCAUGUUCUCCAUUCUGUUCCCUUUGUACAACUGGAAAAGCCUCUUAAGAUUCCUUUCAGCAGCCCCUUCUCCCAUCCACCCCCAGGAUGUACGUGACCAUAUGUGUCUUCUUACAGUCCUCUCUUACUCAGACUCCUCCUUUCCUAUAAGCCCUUAGCUAACAGGUAAGGUACAAUGUUUGUUAUUCAUGUUUGAAUACAAAAGAUGCCCCCAUGGCUGGAAUCACACUCGCAGGCUAAUUAGGAGGACUGAGAAUUGGAAGCCAGCUUGGGGCUACAUAGUGAGACCCUAUCUCAAAAAAUAAAAAGUUGAGACAGGCAUGGUGGUGCACACCUUUAAUCCCAGCACUUGAGAGGCAGAGGUAGGCAGAUCUCUGUGAAUUUGAGCCCAACCUGGUCUACAUAGUGAGUCCCAAACCAGCCAGAGCUACAUAGUGAGACCCUGUCUCAAAUAUUUUUAUUUCAUCCUCCCUCUGUGACCUUGGCAAGUGACAGCCCUCAUGGAAUCAUUUGAUGUACAUGACAGUUUAUCAUUGAAUAAUUUUAGAAGGAAUGUAUAAAAAUUCAUAUUUUAGACUACUUUUGGAAAUGAAGGUUCUGGUAGUUUGAGUGCGUGUUCUAAAUGGCAAUGGUUACUGGGUGGUACUGCCAGCUCUAAGCACUGGAAGGAAUGAGAUGACUUCCCAUUUGUAUCUAUGGCCCGUUGCCUUCUCAUUGUUUGUGUCAUGAUAUUCCCUAUAAUUGUUUUGAGUUUAUAGUUUCUGCUCUAAAUAAAGCAUUUAGGCUAAACCAA